AUCCCGCCACAUCAACGCUCCUCUCCGAUGUAAUCCUCUUCCUUCCGACUACUCUCUCUCUCUCUCUCUCUCUCUGUGUAUAUAUAUAACACACUCACACUCACACUCACACAUGCAUUAUCUCCAGUAUGUGAUGUGAGUGUUCAUCUAUCUCUGCUACCAGUCGCCGUCUGUCUCUGCAACUGCAAUGGCUGCUAAUGCUAUUUCCUUUGACCAGGAAAUCCCGGCAGUUGUUGAUGGAAAUUGCGAUCUGCCUGUUGCUGGUUCAUGCUUCCAGUUCGUAAAGCCAAGUUUCGAUGAAGUAAACCAGCAGUGUACUCUAGACGUUUUGCCUUUGCUUUUUGAGGAGACUUCCUUUCCAAUGGAAGAAAAAUGCGCCUUUCAGACUACACAUGGCCAAGAUGUCUAUAGUAUUUCAAUGGUGUCUGAGGAAGAUAAAACCGAUCCAAACUGUACAUCGCAGCUGGCUUUUUUAAGCUUUGUAGAACUUCCUGUUUCACCAAAAAAGCAGAUGUGCUUAGAUACUCAAUUGAAUUGCCAGAACUUCAUUGGUUUCCAAAUGGAAAGUGCUGAUGCUUAUUCACCAUGCAUUGUGGAUAUCGAUAUUGAGAUGGAAAAUUUUGAAAAAAAUAAAUCCAGUAACGAAGCUGUUGGAAGUAUAAAAAGUGAAGGUUUGCUAACUGGGGUACUGCAGAGACAAGCAAGCCUAAAAACAUGUGGAAGAAUCAUGCAACUAUUUACAAAUCAUGGCUCAACUUUACUGAAGUUGUUAUCUAAAGAAAAAUCAUUCAAUGAGAGAGUUUAUGAUACACCAAAUAACAGAUGGAGAAAGUGUAAGCGUGCGGCAUCAUUCGAUUCAAGAAAAGUUGUUCUUCUCUUCUCAAUCUUGUCAAGUUUGGGGACACUGAUAUUGAUAUAUCUGACUCUGAAAGUUAGGCAGACUGCUGAUGGUUUUGUUAAUGUGUAACAACUGUUGCCUUACUUGAACUCGUUCAUCUGAAGUUGUUCCUCAGAAUUGCUGUAGAAAUUCCCUUUUGUGACCUUCAUUUUGUUACAUUGAUUUUCCCCAUUCUGUACAUAAGUCGUAGAUACCAAUUUUAGCUGAUGCUUUAGGACCUGUAACAAUUUAAGUGUUUUUUAUUUUAUUUUUUAAUUGUUUUUAUGGCUUCCAAA